ACCAUAUCAACCACAGUGAUUAUUGUUUGUAUCAAUAUCCAAAUAAUCAAGUGUUUUUUUUACCACAAUCUAAUUGCUACAAUCUGAUAGAAAUUAAUUAUUAUUGAUUAUGAUGAAAAUGAAAAUAAUGUCUAUUAAAGGAGAACUUGCUGUGAUAUCUGUUUGGGACAAACGAGGUUUAAUUGAUUUCGCUCGUCGACUGGCUAAUAGCGGAUUGAAUCUCGUGGCCAGUGGAGGAUCAGCCAAGACUCUAAGAGAAAAUGGGUUGAACCUGAAAGAUGUGUCAGAGGUCACUGGAGCACCUGAGAUGCUCGGUGGUCGAGUGAAGACUUUACACCCUGCGAUUCAUGGUGGUAUUUUGGCUCGAAAAAUUGAUUCUGAUCAAUCAGAUAUGCGAAAUCGUGGUUACCAAUAUAUCGGUAUUGUUGUUUGUAAUUUGUAUCCGUUUGUUCAAACGAUUAACUCACCAAACGUGACCAUUGCCGAUGCCGUUGAACAGGUGGACAUUGGAGGUGUUACUCUACUUCGAGCUGGUGCUAAGAAUCAUGAUCGAGUAGCUGUGAUCUGUGAUCCAAAUGACUAUCAUCUAGUUGCUUCCGAGAUUGAACUUAAUGGUGUUGUUUCAGCUGAGGUGCGACGAAUGUUGGCUGUUAAAGCUUUCAAUCAUACUGCUCAAUAUGAUUUGGCCAUUUCCAAUUACUUUAGAUCUCAAUAUUGUUCUGGAGUCUCCCAAUUGACCCUUAGAUAUGGCAUGAAUCCCCACCAAAAACCCGCUCAACUUUACACAAUGGAAGCAAAUUUACCCAUGAGAGUAGUCAAUGGAUCUCCUGGUUUCAUCAAUCUUUGUGAUGCUCUUAAUGCCUGGCAAUUAGUUCGUGAUUUAAAACAAGCCCUUAAUAUGCCAGCAGCCACAUCAUUUAAACACGUUUCUCCGGCUGGAGCCGCUGUUGGUGUCCCAUUAACUGGACCACAAUUACGAUUAUGUUGUGUUGAAGAUAUGGCUAAUGAUCUAACACCAUUGGCCACCGCUUAUGCUCGUGCUCGAGGAGCCGAUCGAAUGUCCUCUUUUGGUGAUUUUGUGGCCCUUUCUGAUAUCUGUGACGUUCCCACCGCCAAGAUAAUCUCACGGGAAGUUUCUGAUGGGAUAAUUGCACCAGGUUAUCAAGAAGAGGCUUUGAAUAUACUUAAGAAAAAGAAAGGUGGUUCUUAUUGUAUUCUAGAGAUUGAUCCUAAUUACGAGCCAUCAGAUAUGGAAACAAGAACACUUUUCGGUUUAACAUUGGAACAAAAAAGAAAUGAUGUAUUAAUUAAUGAGAAGUUAUUUAAUGUCGAUAAGAUCAUUUCAAAGAACAAUAAUUUAUCUAAAGAAGCGAUUCGAGAUUUAAUUGUUGCUACGAUUGCUCUUAAAUAUACACAAUCAAAUUCAGUUUGUUACGCCAAAGAUGGUCAAGUAAUUGGUAUCGGUGCUGGUCAACAAUCACGAAUUCAUUGUACCAGAUUAGCAGGUGACAAAGCUAACAAUUGGUGGAUGAGGCAACAUCCGACCAUCUCUCAAAUGGUUUUCAAGAAAACAAUUAAACGAGCUGAACAAUCAAAUUAUACCGAUGUUUAUGUCAAUCGACAAGUUGGCCUAGAAAUGGACGAGAAAAAAUGGAAAGAAGCUUUCGAGGUUGCACCUAAACUGUUAACAGAAGAUGAUGCCAAAAACUGGAUUAAGGAGAUGAACGGAGUUGCUUUAAGUUCUGAUGCCUUUUUCCCGUUCCGAGAUAAUAUCGAUAGAGCGGCAAUGUCGGGGGUCACUUAUGUCGCAAGUCCUGGAGGAUCGACUAACGAUCAGGUGGUUGUCGAUGCUUGUAAUGACCACGGAAUGGUUUUGGUCCAUACUGGAUUAAGAUUAUUCCAUCAUUAAAAAUGUUCUCUCAAUCUAAUUAACUGUUUAGAGAAACUUGUUAUUAUAAAUAUGAAACACUUUUUUGUUUA